CCCACUUAAUAAAGAUUCUGACCGGCGCUCAGAGAACAGCUAGAAAAUAAAGAGAGCUUUUAAUGCUUAUGUUUCAGACUCACCAAUUCGCCGGUAACUCACUAACUCGCCAACGACGCUGUCACAUUUCCCGACCAUCAUUCUCCUUCGCCAGCCCAAGCUUCCGCGACCCCCUUCCUAUUUUUGGUGACAUCGCAUUAUCCCAAGCUCCUAUUUUCCAUUCCAUAUCUGAUUUCUGCUAGUAAUGAAGUUCACCUUGAAAUCAGCUAGACUCUUUGUAAUUCUUAGCAUCUCUUAACUGCUACUCCGUAUUUCCUUACAUUUCAUGUCAUGGUUCUUUACACUUCUCUUUAGCUGAUUUCAACGUUUCCACUUUUUGCUUUGUUUUGUCUCUUUCCCUUAAUUGCGUUGCGGGUCUUACAAGUUCAAUUUCGAAGGAUUUAUUCUUUCCACCGUAGAUAUCCUUUCUUAAUCCUUUGUACUUUUCGGUUCUGGGUUUUUCUCUUAGGACUGAAUUGUAGCCGUUAUGGAAAAAUGUUAAAUUUGUGAGGGCUAAAGAUUUGAAAUUUGUCAUUUUGAGCUCCAGCAGAGCUUCGGCAUUAUUACAAUCUCUAAAUAAGAACUAUAUUGGAAAAAUAAGAAAGGUUGCAUCUUUAUGAGUUGAGCUGGGAAAUUGCGAUGAAAAUGAUGCUCUUUCUUCUGUUCUUGAUUUUUUUAGCUCCCAUUUUAGUUAGUUCUGUGGACCCUUCAUUAAAUGAUGAUGUUCUAGGGUUAAUUGUGUUUAAGGCUGACAUUGAAGAUCCAUAUGGUAAUCUGGUUUCUUGGAUUGAAGACGAUGCUACUGCUUGUAAUUGGACAGGAAUCACAUGUGACCAAAGAUCAAACCAAGUCACCGAGAUUAAUCUCAACGGUUUUAGGCUUUCAGGAAGGAUUAGUAGAGGCCUUCUUCGUUUAAAGUCUCUUAAAAAGCUUUCUCUUGCAAUGAACAACUUGACUGGAGGGUUAAAUGUCCGUUUUACCCAGCUUGCUAAUCUUGAGACGGUAGACUUGAGUGGUAACAGUUUAUCUGGGCGAAUACUGGUGGAUCUCUUCCAAGAAUGUGGGUCCUUAAGAUCACUUUCUCUGGCUAAUAACAACUUUUCAGGGGAAAUCCCUCUGAGCUUGGGAUUGUGUUCUGGGCUUGAUUUGUUGAAUUUGUCUUCAAAUCAGUUUUCGGGUUUGUUACCAGUUUCAAUUUGGUCUCUGAAUUCCCUUAGAUUUCUUGAUCUGUCAGAUAAUUUGCUUGAGGGUGAGAUUCCGAACAGCAUUAAAGGUUUGGUCAAUUUGAGAGGAAUAAAUCUGCAGAAAAAUCGAUUUAAGGGUACAGUGCCUUACUGGAUUGGGAACUGUUUGCUAUUAAGGAUUAUCAAUUUGAGCCAAAAUUCUUUUUUCGGAGAACUUCCUGGGACCUUCCGGAAGCUAGGGUUGUGUCGUGACCUAAUCUUGAGACGAAACACAUUUUCAGGGGAUUUUCCAGAAUGGAUCGGUGAAAUGAGAAACCUUCAGACUUUGGAUCUUUCAGAAAACACCUUCUCGGGUAAGUUUCCGAUGUCACUAGGGAAGCUCAAGUCACUGAGGGUAUUAAACGUAUCCAAGAAUUCAAUUUCGGGCAUCUUACCUGAGUCUAUGAACAGUUGCAUAAAGCUUCAGUCUUUGGAUGUUAGUCAUAACUCAUUGUCAGGUGAAAUCCCUUCUUGGUUAAAGAACCUUCUGGAAUUGCAGAAUAUUAUAUUUUCGGAGAAUAGAUUUACUGGGGAAAUUCCUUCAGUUUUUGGGAAUUUCACUGGAUUGAAGUUCUUGAACUUGUCUGGAAAUUCACUCACAGGAACUAUUCCCAAGAGUAUUGGAGAUUCCAAAUCCGUUGAUAUACUGGAUUUGAGUGGGAAUUCGUUGAAUGGUAGCAUCCCUUUGGAAAUUGGAGGGUUGACCUCUCUAAGGGAACUGAGGCUGCAGAAAAACAACUUGACGGGAAAUAUCCCAACUUCAAUUGGGAACUGUUUGGCGCUAAUGUCACUGUUUCUUUCACAUAACAAUUUAAGUGGGCCGCUCCCUGUCACACUGGCAAAGCUCACUGCCCUUCAACAUGUGGAUCUUUCCUUCAACAAACUCACGGGCAUAAUGCCAAAGCAGCUAGCAAACCUCCCACACCUCUCUUCAUUCAACGUCUCCCAUAACCAUCUACUUGGUCAACUCCCCGGUGGUAAUUUUUUCAAUACCAUUUCCCCCUCCUCCGUCUCCCACAACCCUGACCUUUGUGGGGCCGCAGUUAACCGGCCAUGUCAUUCCAUCUCUCCCAAACCCAUUGUGAUGAAUCCAGGUGACUACGACACCCCUACCCCCGCCGGAUCAACCCAUCAAGGUUUCCCCCACAAGAAGAAAAUCUUCAGUGUUUCUGCCCUUAUAGCUAUCGGGUCGGCAGCUGUUAUAGUUGUUGGCAUGAUAACCAUUGCUGUUUUGAAUCUUACUGUACGGUCAGCCACAUCACACCCUCCUGCUGAGGUGGCAUUCUCCGGUGAGGAUGGGUUUAGUCGCUCGUCGUCCACCGCUUCAGAUUCGGGUAAACUGGUCAUGUUUUCGGGUGCCUAUGAUAUCGACAUGGGGGGCCACGCGCUACUCAACAAGGAUUGUGAGCUCGGGCGGGGUGGGUUUGGGUCAGUUUACAGGACGGUUCUUAAGAACGGGCAACCUGUCGCGAUCAAGAAGCUGACUGUCUCUAGCCUAGUUAAGUCCAGAGAAGAGUUCGAAAGGGUGGUUGAGAAAUUGGGUAAAGCCCGUGGGCACCCAAAUCUUGUUGGUGUAGAAGGGUAUUAUUGGACUCCGUCAUUGCAACUUAUCAUAUAUGAAUUCGUGUCGGGUGGGAAUCUGUAUAAGCGUCUACAUGAACGGUCAGGACCGAACUUGACUUGGAAUGAAAGAUUCAAUAUAAUUCUGGGGACUGCUAAGAGCUUGGCCCAUUUGCAUCAGAUCAACAUAGUCCACUACAACCUAAAAUCAAGCAAUAUUCUCAUUGAUGACAGGACCUGUGAAUCAAAAGUUGCGGAUUACGGGCUAGCAAGGUUGCUCCCUAUGCUCGAUCGGUACGUGUUGAGUAGCAAAAUCCAAAGUGCACUGGGUUACAUGGCACCCGAAUUUGGUUGCAAAACAGAUAAAAUAACAGAAAAAUGUGAUGUGUACGGUUUCGGGAUUCUGGUUCUGGAGAUAGUGACAGGAAAGAGGCCGGUGGAGUAUAUGGAGGAUGACGUAGUGGUUCUGGUUGACAUGCUAAAAGUGGCAAAUGUAGAAGACAUGUUGGAGGAGUGCAUUGACGGGAGGCUACAGGGAAAGUUUCCUGGGGAAGAGGCAGUUGAGGUAGUGAAAUUAGGGUUGGCAUGCACGGCACAGGCUCCGGGGAACAGGCCUUGUAUGACUGAAGUGGUCCGGAUAUUGGGGAUGAUCAGGGAUCGAUCAGAAAGAAACGAUGAAAUAAUAGUGGAGUAACUAGUAAAAAGAAACCCCUAUAUGCAUCCGAAGAAGAGGAAUCCGGUCAUUUUGCUUGCUUUGAUGGAGAACAAAUCAGAGUUAGUUAAUUAUUGUUUUUUCCUUUUCUGUGGAAGGAAAUUUCAGCACAUCUCUAUUAUAUGCCGUUUGGACGUUAAGUUAGAAUGUAAUGCUUCUUUAAUCUUUUGUAUUAUUGUUAUUAUUAUUAUUUUAGUUAAUUGCCGGAUUCGUUUUCAUCAGGUUCCAAUUUAUUCUUGUAGCUCUUGGUUGAUUUCAGUUCAUGAAUCUUUAAUCUUUUUGUUCUCAGCAUUUAUUACAGCUGCUUCAUUUUCUGCAUACA